AGGAAGACGUUUCCACGUUUUCAAAUAUAGAUUAACAAUAGAAGAUGUUACAUCUAUUCAAAGCAAAUAAAAUAUAUGAAACUUUGAAUUAUUCAAGAGAUACGUAAUAAUGUGGCAUUGAUCAUGCAUGAUUUUGGUACGACACAAUGACGAUAUUUAUCCGCAUAGUUUUAUCAUCAUUUAUCCAAAUAUGGAUCUUUCAAGAUGUUCUUUGCACAUGUUCUGGGUGGUCCGACGUGAAUACCAAUUUCAUCAUGUAUAUGUGCACCGAGCAGACGUUAUAUGAAGUUAUAUCCUAUAUUGAUUUGUCGAAAGUUCCAAAUAUCAAAAGAUAGACUGUGAAUGUACUAUAACACCAGGCUAUAAUGCAUCGGUAUUUAGAAUGUAUUUUAUGAAAGGUCCUGAAGCACACGAUGUUCAAAUGAAUCUCAACGAUGGUGUUUUAACUCCGAAGACAUCACUACAUACUACUCUUUCACAAAAAUCCACGCUUCGUUUUUCUGCUUCUCAGCAAGGCAGUUGGGACGGCACAUGUAUAUAUGUUUAUCAAAAAGGGCAAGAAAUGGAUAAUAUUCACCCUUUCAAAUUCACAUGCACUGCACCUAGAAUUUACAAAAGCACAGUCAUCACAUCGACAACGAGGAACAUUCCGCAAAAUGUAAAACGCUUUGACACAGGUCUCGUUGCAGGAGUUAUUGUUGGACUUUUAAUCCUGAAUGCUCUAGUAGCUGUUGGUUAUGUUUGUAUAAGAAGAAAGUGUAAAAUUAACAAAGAAAACGGCCAGACAAAGGAAGCUGUUCAGUCAGUAUCUGGACAGUUGGCGCAACAGAGUCUACAAGAUAAUCAGAAUACAGGAGCAACUAAUGCCAAUGCGUAUGAAAGGUUAAACAUGCAUGGUAUCGGUGACCAACGAGAUGGGGACUAUCAGCAAUUAAAGGGGGAAUAUGAAUAUGUGUAUGAAGACACAGAAUCAAACGAUAAAGACAGAGACACUGGAACAGUCCAACAAAUGGCGGGAAAUGUAUCGAUGCACCCUGGCACAAAUGUUGAAAUUGGAGAACAGACUGUACAGUUGUACAGUGAAAUACAACCAGAGAACAUUGUGAACGUCUAUGAACAGCUGAGCAGUUAUAAAAAUGACAAUCCAGCUGUUGAUAUGUACCAACAAUUAGAUUUUAAGUAAAAUCUUAACCAUCUGCUAAAAUAAAUUAAAUCAUAAGCUUGGAAUCGUUUCACCAUAAAAUAUAAAUUACUGUAUUUCUCUUAUCUGAUUGUUUUUACAUACUUUUGAUACAUACUUAUCAAACAUA